CCGGAGGUUUUCAUUGCAUAAGAAUCAGAGGCUCUCAACGUUCGAAUCAAACAUUUCAUCCUUAAAUACGAUACUUCGGAAAUUUAUGACAUAGAUUGUUUUUUAAAACACCAAAAAUAAACAGGUUUUAAUAUGUGAUUGACAAGUGGAAUUGUGGAAACAUAUGGAAGGAAGUGUACGUUUAAUAUCAGUUAGAUAAACACCUCGUUAUAAAACGAUGCUUGGUAGUUUUUCAGUGACAAAUCGCAGAGGAGACACAAAGAUGGGUCGCUUCAUGAUGUUUGUGAUAGUAGGCCUUAUGUCGUGUACGGUCGAAUCACUCGAUGAAACAGAUACAGAAGAUCUUGACACCCUCAAACAGGCUGCAAAGAAAGCACUCGAAGAAAUAAAAAAUGAAAGAAUAGCUGCCUUAUUUAGUAAAAUUGGUUCACAACAAGGACGCUCUGGGAUGUUUGCAAUGGGAGGUGGAAAAGAGUUUGUAGAAGCAGUCACGUUACCGUACUUGGAGGUGUUAGAAAUCAUAAAAGAAAUUAAAAAAAGGUAUGCACUCACCAAACCUAGACUAAUCGAAUGGUUGAGACACAUGGGAAGACUCCUGGCGUUUAACAAUACCCAAAUCACGGAUGGUUUACCCCACGUGACCACCCCCGAGUGUCUCGAGUCAUUCAAUCCGAACAUUGAAUGCAAUCUUUUUGCAAAGUUCAGAACAUUUGACGGAAGCUGUAACAACGCCAGGAAUCCACUCUGGGGACGGGCCAAAACACCUUUUAUAAGAUUUCUGACGAAUGCCUAUGCCGAUGGUAAAAAGGAGCCCAGGGUCGCCAGAGACCGUACACCUCUUCCAAGCGCACGGCUUGUGAGCAGAACCAUCCACCAAGAAGCGAACAAGCCCAGUGCUGUACAAUCUAUGACGGUUAUGACACUAGGCCAGCUUCUAGAUCACGACAUAGACAAAACGGCCCAGUCCAAAUUGCCCAAUCCACAAGAUCCUAGUAAACCGAUUGACAUUACAUGUGGCGAGGAUAAUUGCGGUCACGAUUAUUCGAACAUGGAAGAAUGUUUACCAAUAAAGGUACCCGAAGGAGACUCGUGCUUCAAGAAGACAAAAUGUUUAAAGUUCAUUAGAAGUCAACCUGUACUAGAAUUAAAUUGCCUUGGUGAUUUGAAGACGAUGCCCCGUCAACAUUUGAAUACGAUAUCAUCAUAUUUGGAUUGCUCUUUUGUGUAUGGAAACUCUGAAAAAGAAGUAAUGUCAUUGAGAGAAGAUAACAACAGUGGCAGAAUGCUGAUGUCUACCAACCCAUUACAUCACGACCUUAAGCCAUUGCUUCCUCCCUUUGAUUCUAAAGAUUGCGUAAAACCGAACGUAAAUGAUAGCGUCAAAUGCAUGAGAACAGGAGAUGGACGGGCGAACGAGUGGAUUGGAUUAACUUCAUUCCACGUUAUAUUUGCAAGGCAACACAACAGAAUCGCAGAUGAGCUGGCGAGGAUCAAUCCUGACUGGUCAAAUGAAAGCAACAGGUUGUUUUUGGAGGCAAGGCGUAUUUUGAUAGCAUUGUGGCAAAGAAUUAUAUAUGGAGAAUACCUUCCUGUUGUUAUGGGAUCGCACUAUAAAAGAUACGACCUGGCUUUGUUAAAAAAGUUCAAAAAGGGGUACUUCUCAGAAUACGACGAAUGGACGAAUGCUCAAGCAUCCAAUGUCUUCCAAGGUGCAGCCUUUAGAUUUGGUCACUCCCAAAUAGAUACAUUCAUACGGUUCAUAAGUGAUAACAGAUUCAAGAAGUAUAUAGACGAUCAUAUAACAUCACAUCAGUUUAGACCAUCGGCAAUGUAUGGGAAGGGCGAUAAAGGAGGGGUAGAUACAAUCGUUAGAGGACACGUACAUCUACCUUCCCAAAACACAGAUGCCUAUUUCACCGAACAAAUGUCUUGUCACAUGUUUACAAAAGACCCACCCUUUGGCGAGGGAACUGAUCUACCAGCACUUAAUAUACAAAGAGGAAGAGAGCAUGGACUACCAGGGUACAAUAAAUGGAGAGAAUAUUGCAAUCUCCCAAAAAUAAAAAACUGGAAAAAGAAACCAGCUGAGAUACCAGAAGCUAUCUGGGGAAAACUACCUUCUAUUUACACGCAUGUCGAUGACAUAGAUAUAUUUACCGGUGGUAUAUCUGAAGUCCUUGUGCCAUAUGGGGCAGUUGGUCCAACAUUUGCUUGUUUACUCGGCAAACAAUUCGAGAACUUGAGGAAAGGAGAUCGUUAUUGGCAUGAGAAUAUGGGCCCGGGCAUGUUUUCUCAAGACCAAUUAACUGCCCUUGACAAAGGAUCCUCUCUGGCGAGAAUUAUGUGUGAAACCAGCGAUGACAUUCAAUUCAUGCAGCCAAAGGCUCUCCUUCUACCGUAUAGCGAGAUCCCAAAAGAUUUGAGAAAUUCAUAUCAUGUCAAAAGGGAAAUUAGAUUCCUCUAUGGUAAGUCAAAGAAUGAAAGAGUGGACUGCAGAAAAUUACCAAAACUGGAUUUGUCAGCAUGGAAGCAAAUGGAUUAACCCAAUUAACCAACUGCUAUACACAUGUACUAUUUUAUGA